CACUUGACUCGUUGAGCAGGCAAGCUUUAUACUUGCAUGAGCAUAACAGCGCUCAGAAGAUUAUCUACAACACUCUAUCACCUCUCACCAUUCAAGACAUUAGGUAUCAUGGCGGGUAAAUCUGAAUACUCUACCAGGCAGAUCGGGGCUGCGAACACCCUCGAGCACCGAGUCUACCUUGAAAAGGAUGGCAAGGUCAUCUCUCCCUUUCACGACAUUCCCCUCUUUGCCGACGAGUCGAAGAAUAUCCUCAACAUGAUUGUCGAGGUGCCUCGAUGGACCAACGCCAAGAUGGAGAUCUCCAAGGAAGAGGGAUUCAAUCCCAUCAAGCAGGACAUUAAGAAGGGAAAGCUUCGAUACGUUCGAAAUUGCUUUCCUCAUCACGGUUACCUCUGGAACUAUGGAGCUUUCCCUCAAACUUGGGAAGACCCAAACGCCAAGCACCCUGAGACCGGUGCCAACGGAGACGACGACCCGCUCGACGUCUGCGAGAUCGGAGAAGCCGUUGGAUACACUGGUCAAGUCAAGCAGGUCAAAGUACUCGGUAUCAUGGCCUUGCUCGACGAGGGAGAAACCGACUGGAAAGUCUUGGUUGUGGAUGUCAAUGACCCUUUGGCUCCUCGAUUGAACGAUAUCGAAGAUGUCGAGAGACACCUGCCGGGCUUGAUCCGAGCUACCAACGAGUGGUUCAGGAUCUACAAGAUUCCCGAUGGAAAGCCAGAGAACGUCUUUGCCUUUUCUGGCGAGGCAAAGAGCAAGAAAUACGCCGUCGAAAUCAUUCUCGAGUGUCACGAGGCUUGGAAGAAACUCAUCACUGGAGAAACGAACCCUGGCGGAAUCUCUUUGCACAACACUCAAGUCAAGGGAUCUCGAGGUCUCGUCUCAACUUCGGACGCGGCGUACACCUCCAUUCCUGCGGACUCGAGAAAGCCUCCUGCGCCUAUUGACCCUUCGAUUUCCAAGAGCUUCUUCAUUUCGUCUGCUUCCAUGUAGAGUGAAGUAGUGAAUGGAUCGAAUGCAUGAAAAGUGGUCG